ACAACGUGUCACGUGACUCGAUCACGAGGACCCGAUAUGCGGAAAAGACUCGGGUGCUCAGGAUCUGUCAACAAACCCCGAACCUAAAGGGGAUUUAGAAGAUAAUUAUCCGCUUACCGUCGCUAUAACACGGUUUUAUUCUCAGAUAAACAGCUGCUUAAGGGAAGACAAAAUGUCAUCGGAAGAGUUUGAAAAGUUGCACGAGAUCUACAACUCGCUGUACGAGGAGCUCCGGCUCCUGCCGGAUAAAGCACAGCGAUGCCAGGGAGAAGAGAGAAAGAGGUUGCAGAGAUCAUUCGAUGAAAGGCACGGAGAGGCCGAAGAAGUGUUGCAAGGCAUGGACGCGGAGCUGCGGACAGCCCCGGCCGCCUACAGGAGCGCCAUGUCCACCAAGCUGCGGCUCCACCGCCGAGACCUUGGCAAGCUGCAGAGAGAGAUGGCCAGCUCGGAACUAGGCAUCGGCUCUUCCGCUCGACCAACGGAAGGCGGUCACCAGGGCAUCUAUUCGUCGCAGAAUCAGCAAAGCACCUAUCUCCAGGCCCAGCGCUCUCUGCUCCUCCAGGGCCAAGAGUCUCUGAGCAGCGCCACCCAGAGCAUCGAGCGCAGCCAGCGCAUCGCCACGGAGACGGACCACAUCGGCACGGAGAUCAUCGAGGAGCUGGGGGGGCAGCGGGAGCAGCUGGAGCGCAGCCGGAACCGGUUGGUCAACACCGGUGAACAUCUCAGUAAAAGCCGGAAGAUUCUCCGCGCCAUGUCCCGGAGGCUGAUGACCAAUAAGCUGCUGCUAGCCGUCAUCAUCCUGAUGGAGUUGGGAGUCCUUGGAGCUGUGGUCUAUUUUAAGUUCUUCAGGUAAGAGGAGGAGCAGGAGGAGGAGGAGCAGCAGGUGGAGGAAGAGCAGAUGGAUGAGGAAGCAGCUCCAGGGGACCCCAGCCUGUCUUUCCUCCUCCCUGUCCUGACUCCUCGCCGCUGACCUCUCCUCCACCUCAGUUGAACGUAGAGACUGAUGGACGAGGUUGGAGGUGGACUCUGGCCGAACGGGACUGUCCUCUAGAAGGAGGUUCUCUAUUCCUUCCUCUGCUCCUUGUGGACCACUUGUUUUAGAAUUAUUGUUACGGACACUGUUGUUGAAACUGGACCAAACCAAAAGCACACUUGGGGACACUAAAGGAAACCGGAUGAGAUGACCUGUUUCAUCUGGACUUGGCGGUUCUGUGCCUCUUAAGCUGAAAUGUGUUUGGGCUCACACAUCCAGAGCAAACACCAGCCCCACGGUUUCACUUUCAGCCGUUUUUGGCGCAGAGGUUUAUGAUGCGUCUGGAUGCUGUCUGUCGGCUCGUUGCUGCUGGACUGACUCCAUGGGAGUCGGCAGGAGGACUCCAUUAGUCCUGGGUAAUGUGAUCCGGAGAUCCAGGUGAAAAUAACAUUUUAAUGUGAACAAAUACUAAUAAUAAUAUUCUUGUAAAAAUGACAAAACACAUUGCGUUUCUAUGGUUGCUGUUACUGCCAUAACGGCUGUGUCGCAUGAAAGUGUAAAAAGAAAAAAAACAGUUUGGUUUUCUUUCUGUUGUCUUCCCAAACGGUGUAGUAUUAAAGCUAAAGGUCACCACUAUCAGAGCUAACUAUAAACGGUUGUUUUUCUUCAUUUACAUCAGUGCCAUAAAAAUAAACUCUUAUCAGCUCGG